AUGCAUACCUUGACUAUUUCUGAUCAAACUGAUCGCACUGGUCCUCGCCCGCUACGACAGCGCCAACUCCUUAGCUGGACAUGGAAUCAUUUUGAUCAGUAUAAUGCGUUAAAGACAGUUCGUGAAGUUGGUAUUAGCACUGCUUUCGAUGGCUUAAAUCCUACGUACUAUUAUCGUAAAGUAGCCCGUGAAGAAAGAUUACCUCUUUCAAGCUGGGCGCUAUUGAGUAAUUAUUCAUACAUACUGUCAGAAAAUAAUUAUCUCUUCCAG